GAAAGCCCGCCUUUAUCAAUAGAAUCUAGACAAAGAACUCCUUGUUAAAUUCUUCUUUGUUGUUAUUGUUACUCCACUUUGUUAAUUAGAGUCUUUUUGUUUCUUUUGUCCAAUGAAUCAAUCAAGUAUGUAUAAAUCGAUUUAGGAAGAAAUUUUUUUUUUUUUCAUUUUCAUUGAUAUUUUCUUUAUAAAUGUUGGGUUGGCAACAAUAACCUGGGAAUACUAACAGCAAUGAUACCUUUAGACUUUAAUGAGCCUCAAGUAAUCGGCCGAAGCUCCAGUAAUAGUGCUCUUACUCCUUCUAAAACGUUUAAACCAGUUGUUUUCUCUUGUUCUGAAUCAAAAGUUGACAACAAGCCAGUUCAAUUGAAAAGGGUGCACCACGGGAAAUCUCCUUUUAAACCAUUAACCCCCGAUACCCCCAAUAAAAAAGUUAAAACCAUGGCUACUUAUGCUCCCUCGAUGGUUUCGCCACAGCUGCUGCCUCUUGUACCUGAAAAGAGUCAGGAUAUUGCCCUACGUAAGAGGGAAUGCCAGAUUGACUGUCAAAUCAAAGAAGAAUUGAGAAGAAAAGAUCUAAUAGUCAAGGCCAUCGAGUAUGUGAAUAAUCAUGAAGAGGCAAAAGUGCUGCAGUUGAUUGAUAAAUGGAGAGACGUUGCUCAAAAGGCUUCCAACUACUUGUUGAAUGAUUUGCAAGUGAAAGCACAGAAAAUGGGGGGUGCUGCAAAACUCCGCCAACUGCUCAACUCUGCUUUCCAAGACGAUGACUUAAUACAGGAAUACCAACUGUUUAUCGAGUCAGAUUCGUACCAUGACUUGACGGCACUGGAAAAAUCAGAGCUACAUAACAAGAUGGCUCUGCUACAGCCGGACGACACCGACGACGAGUUUGGUAUGAAGGAAUUAUACGCAAUGCUAAAGCUUGACUAUUCCUUGGUUUUUGGUUCCUGAUUCUCUGCAUUUUAAUGGGCUCUGUUUUAUAGAUCUACUGGUAGUAUAAUAUAUUUUCAAUAGCACAUAAACCGUAGACGAACCGUCUCUUGUAUCUCCUUAAUGCUUUAUCGGUUUCUUAAUGCUGUAUCAGUUUCU